AUGUCCAUCCUCGCCCGGCUCACGAGCCGCUUCAACCAGUUCUACGAUGAACGACCUGUGCUCACGAUGAUGGUGACCAAUGCGGUCCUGGGUGGAGUCGCCGACACGGUAGCCCAGUCCAUCACGGCGGUCCGGCAGCGAGCCCUCCGCAAGUACCCACCCGGCCGGGAGCCGAACGCGCGCGACGACCCCGUCGCCUACGAAAUCCACGAGCUCGACCGGAAGAACCCCCUCAACGAACAAGAAUUGAUUCCCGAGUCGCGGGACCUGCCGCCGCCGUUCGACUUUGAGCGUCUGACCCGCUUCAUGGCGUACGGCUUCUGCAUGGCGCCCCUGCAGUUCAAGUGGUUCGGCUUCCUCGAGAGAAUGUUCCCCAUCACCAAGACGAGUGCCUACCUGCCGGCUUUGAAGAGGGUGGCUUUCGACCAGCUCAUCUUUGCGCCCUUUGGUCUCGGAUGUUUCUUUACUGCCAUGACGCUGGCCGAGGGUGGCGGAAAGAGGGGCGUGUAUGACAAGAUGAGGGACAUGUAUGUGCCGACGCUCAAGGCCAACUACAUUCUUUGGCCGGCGGUCCAGGUUAUCAACUUUCGGUUGAUGCCCGUGUCGCUCCAGCUGCCAUUCGUUUCCACUAUUGGUAUCGCCUGGACGGCCUACCUUUCCCUUACCAAUGCUGCCGAGGAUGCGCAACAGAGCACCGCUCACCCGGCGCCUGGCUCUCCCAACAUCCGUCUGGCCUAA